AUGCUUCGGAAAAAAGAAUCCUACACCGUGGUCACGCCCAUCCCAGGCUUCAUUCCUCGCCAACUCGCCAUUGACAUUCUCCAAUCGCACGAGGAGGUCAUCACCCUCAACCCGCUCGUCAUCAGCCACAAGGCGAUCCCCGCCCCUCGCGAUGCCGCCGCCGACGAAUUCUACAGCACAUGGUACGAGAUCACGGAGCGCGUCCAGUUCGUCCCCGGCGUGGGCCGCCUGGGCAGCUCCAAGGUGACCUUUCGGGGCGUCUUCCACGACAUGCCCUGGGGCCUGCAGACACACAUCUACGUGCCGUUUGGCAUUGAUCUGCGGAUACGGUAUCGCAUCGCGGGCAACCAGCCCGGCAUGGAGGCGCCAGAACAGAGAGAGCUGGGCCUCGAGGCGCUGGGCGCGCCCAAGGACGGGCUGUACCUGCGGGAAGACAUCGAGAUCAAGGGCAACAUUAGUGUCGUGGGCAUGGUCAAAUCGCAAUUGAAAUCCGCCAGCAAGGAGAUGGUCGACCGCAUCAUUCGCAAAGCUGAGCUCGUCGACGCUGGCGUGCUGCAGGCCAUGAUGUCCGAGGACGGGAAGCUCAAGACCAUCAAUCCCAACGACCGCUCCAAGGGCAGCCCAACGACGCCCGUGCAUGCAGAUAGACGUCUCAGCCGGCCGCAGUCCUAUCAGCAAGGCUAUGGCGGCUCUGCGCCAGGUCAGGUCCCUUAUGCGCGACCCGCCACGACGUCCUUCUAUGGGUAUCCUGGCUCGCCCCCUCCUCGUCACGAAUCUCCCUAUGCGACGCCAAUGUCGCCUCCCCCGAUUCCACCCAAGCAAGCCAAGUCCCCUCAACCCAUGGAGCUGCCUGGCGACUUUCACCACGCGCAGAUUCAACCCCCUCUCGGUUCGCCUGGUCCCAGCCCUCACGUCUAUGCGCCUCAGCAUUACCCACCCCGGUCGGUUGCCGCAGAGAUACAACAACAGCAAAAUCAGUUGGACAGUCGCUCGUCCUUUAUAGCAGAGCUGCCUGCUGAGCAAGGGAAGUGA